AGUUCCAUCUUAAGAAGACAGGGCUGGGUUAAGGAGGUGAGCUGGAGAUAGAGGCUUCCUUUGGCCAGGGAGGUGUGGAGACAGGAGACAGUGCCAACACUUCCAUCCACAGAGCCUCGCACACCAACUAGUCCUCAUCUCCUGAGCCCUGGCCAUCGCGACAGCAUGCAGCUGGGAACAUUGGCGUUAGCAACCUGCAAUCUUCUCCUGAUCCUUCCAGCUGCCUGUGUGGAGAGAGCAAACCAUUGGGAAUAUGAUGGGUCUCUGGGAGGUGGCCACUGGCGGGAAGAGUUCGAGCACUGCGGGAAGGAAGCCCAGUCUCCCGUGAACAUCCGCUCACAAGACGCCCACUUUGACCCCACGCUGAAGCCCGUGCGUCUGAAGGGCUUCACCGCCCGGCCCGGACCCACGUACACCCUCCGCAACAACGGCCACACUGUACAGAUGAGUCUCCCCUCCACCCUGGCUAUCACGAGCCUGCCCAGGCAGUUCACUGCCUCCCAGCUACAUCUGCACUGGGGUAGCUCACAGUGGCCGCGUGGAUCGGAACACCUCAUCGACGGUCAGAGAUCCUCGGCAGAGCUUCACGUGGUUCUUUACAACUCGGAUAAAUAUCGGAAUGUGUCGGAAGCCAUGAGGAAGCCAAACGGGCUGGCAGUCCUGGCGAUUCUGCUGGAGGUCGGGAAAUUUAAAAACCCAGCCUAUGAAAAUAUCCUGAGUCACUUGGAAUCCAUUACGUUUGCAGGUCAGGAGGUGGAGAUUCCUUCCUUUGCCGUUCGUGGGCUGCUGCCCAAACGGCUGGAUCAAUAUUUCACCUACCGGGGGUCGCUGACCACUCCGCCUUGCUACCAGAGCGUGCGAUGGAUCGUGUUUCACCGGAGAGUUCUCCUCUCCCUCUCUCAGCUCAAGACCCUGCGCACGGGCGUGUUCCGCACGCACGCCGGCACGUUGCCACGGCUACCCCUGGUCAACAACCGCCGGGAGGUGCAGCCCCUCAGGAACAGGAAGGUGAAGGCAUCUUUUGUCGUGGGCUGGGCGAUCAGCUUCCGCCGGGCGGUGAGGAAGCUGCUGAAGAUGCUGUCCGUCAACAUGCGGCACUGAGCCGUGGGUUCCGUCCCGUCCCGUCCCAUCCGAUCCGUAACUCUCCGCGUCUCUGGAGGCCCAGCCAUCUCCCGCCCUCUCGUGGGGUUGCGGGGGGGGGGGGGGCCGGGACUGGCAGUGGAUCAGGCAAAGCUUGUCUCGCUUGUCUUCCAUCAGAGAUGUUGCCCCCCACCCCCUCCCCAUCCUCCGUCUUACCGCUUUGCUUCUCUGCAUUCCCUUUCCACCUCCACUACACCUCCCCCCCCCAC